AUGAAAGAUUAUCUCAACCCCACCGAACCAGAAUUGCUUGGCUUUUUUUUUCAGGGCCUGAACUACUGGCCACUCAUCUCUGCCGUCAGGGCGCGAACUACUGGACACUCAUCCCUGCCGUCGGGGCGCGAACUACUGGACACUCAUCUCUGCCGUCAGGGCGCGAACUACUGGACACUCAUCCCUGCCGCCGAGGCGCGAACUGUUUUCUGCCUUAAUAGUCAUUUUUAUCUAUCUAUCUAUCUAUCUAUCUAUCUAUCUAUCUAUCUAUCUAUCUCAAACUGUUUAUAUCUAUCUAUCUAUCUAUCUAUCUAUCUAUCUCAAACUGUUUAUAUCUAUCUAUCUUAUUCUGUUCAUAUCUAUCUAUCUAUCUAUCUAUCUAUCUAUCUAUCUAUCUAUCUAUCUCCCAAACUGUUUAUAUCUAUCUAUCUAUCUAUCUAUCUAUCUAUCUUAUUCUGUUCAUAUCUAUCUAUCUCUCUAUCUAUCUCAAACUGUUUAUAUCUAUUUAUCUAUCUCAAUCUGUUUAUAUCUAUCUAUCUAUCUAUCUAUCUAUCUAUCUAUCUAUCUAAGUCUGUUCAUAUCUUUCUCCCUCAAUCUAUCUAUCUAUCUAUCUAUCUAUCUAUCUAUCUAUCUAUCUUAUUCUGUUUAUAUCUAUCUAUCUAUCUAUCUAUCUAUCUAUCUAUCUUAUUCUGUUCAUAUCUAUCUAUCUAUCUAUCUAUCUAUCUAUCUAUCUAG